AUGACAUUUUCCCUCUUGAAAGUCUUUUUCCUUGGACUUUCGUCGAUCCUCGUGGUUGAAGGUGAUUGUCCAGACGGAUCAUAUGCGUUCACGAGCAAAACGAGCAUUACUGAAUGUAUUUUGCCACUUGAUGCUGAUGCUGCUUAUGGAACAGCGAAAGAAAUCUGUCAAUUCGCCAAUGGUGGUCGUCUCAUACAAAUCGCUUCACUGGAAGAGAAUCUCUAUGCGUCGGCUUUUAGUGAAAUUACCUUGGGCGGAUCAGAUUUCACUGCGUUGAUCGGCUUGGAAAGAAGAGCCGACGGGAAAUGGACGUACUCCGAUGGAAGCCCGUUGAUUUAUGAGAAUUGGAUUGGUGGCGAAGCGCCGGACAAUGGCACGUGCGCAGCGUUGGAUGGCACAAGCAAGAAAUGGGUGGCUGUCCCCGGCACUGUUCCAUAUAAAUUCAUCUGCACUUUCCCGCCAAAAGGCAACUCGUUGCCAUCAAGCAUUUUGACAACUCUCGGAACUAUAACGACAACUACAAACCCAACAAAGGCUCAUACUACUACAACGACCACAAGACCACCAACUCGAGGCUGUCCAUCUGGUUGGGUCAACUUCACGGAUCACUGUUAUUAUUUCUAUAACAGACUCGUUUCCGACAAAAGCUUCGCAAUCGAUUUCAUCAGCGCUGAGACUCAAUGUCAAAAGCUUGGUGGAUCCCAGUCGCAUUUGGUGUCGAUUCAUUCAGAUGCUGAAUAUAACUUCUUGAAUGCAAACAUCAAAACCGAUGAUGUUCCUUGUGUAAAUGGUCGAGCCUUUAUCGGGCUCUCUUGCUCCAAUGGAAGCUACAAAUGGACCGAUUCCUCAUCAGUCAACUACAAUAAAGCACACACAUGCUUUAAUGAUCAAUCGGCUGUUUAUGCGAUUAUCAACGAUUCUGGAUGCCAAAAUGCUAAUGAUUAUUGGCUAGAGGAUUACGCCAACUCUUCAAUAAAACAACAAAGAUUCAUUUGCAAGAUGCCAAUG